AUGCCCACACCCACCCCCUCCCAGCCCAUAACCUUCUACGACAUCGGCUCGGGCCCCUCCAGCAUCCCCUUCGCCCCCAACCCCUGGAAGACCCGCCUGGCGCUCAACUUCUCCCGCACCCCCCACCACACCACCUUCAUCCCCCUGCCCUCCAUCGCCUCCACCCGCGCAGCGCUCAACCUCCCCCCCAACCGCAAACACUCCGAGGGCGGCGCAUUGCCGACCCUGCCCAUCUUCCACGACCACGCCACAGACACCCUCGUCGGCGAGUCCUUCGACAUCGCGCUGCACCUGCACGCGCACUAA